GUUCCCUAUCAUCGAAAAACGAACGAUUGGAUCCUCGUAGCCAUUGACCCUGGGGUGCGAACCCCGUUCGUCACGUACUCACCUGAAGAAAUUGGAAAGAAUGACGCGUGGAGAUUAGGGUUACAGCGAAAGAUGGCGCGAUUGCGAGAAUCUUUCGAAAGAUCAGGAAUCGGAGCAUCUCACCUAGUACUAGUCACAUUAUGCAUUCCGGCAGCGGCUGAAACACAAGGCCGAGGAAACAGGCGCGAUGGUAAUCAUCCAGGACCUGCAGCUAUAGUGGGAACAUACGGAAGAAGAGACAGGGACGUAAACAGGAGCUUCCUACGGGCGUUGCUUGAUGGAGCCAUCCACAUGUGGAUGUAG